UUUUCAAACCCACUGAAUCAUUUUUGCUUCUUCUUGACUGGAGAAGUGAAAGCUUUGUGGAUUUCAUAAUGGCCAACGAUGUACUGUAUUAACGAUUAUUUGUAGAGACUUAGCUGACUGUUGAUUUUGGUCAUGAAACUCUGAAACGCAGCUUUAGCCUUGCUUGCGAAUGUGUAAAUUUCUGUUUGCAGGGACUAAUUGCAUCGUUCUCCACUUCCUACACAAAGUACAUGACCCCGGGGUUAUAGACUCUUGUUACUACCUAUAGCCGAACAGGACUAGUUUUCCACGACUCUGUUGUCUCUGCUAACGGUGAUGUGGUGAAUAUUUUUAUCACUAGUAAUUAGUGCAACUGAGCUGCUGUUGCGCGAAGUAAGCUGUGAGCUUGCGAAGGAUGGAGGCGAUACAAGAGCAGUACAUGGCGCUGGUGCCAAUGCGAAUGUUUGAUUGGCAGUCGGUUACUGCGAGCCUUGAUGAGAGCACACAACUGGACAUUCUAGCCCGGACAUGUCAGCACCCGUUAUGCCAGCGCUAUCCAGCGUCCAGUACCUAUCGACAAGCCUUCCUCAAGGUUCUCAUGAACAAGUGUGAACGCAGUGGACAUGAUAUAGCCGAAGAUCUGUACGUGGCGUACACAGACACCCUCAACACUCCCGCCAAUGCCACCACAGAUAAACCUGGCACUAACAAGGACCAGCCAUACCGCAUCUACAUGUUGAGAGAGUACAAGCACUGUCCCAUUGUGCUCCAGGAAAGUGACAGCUUUGUGUCCCAGGGCACCACUGGUUUACAAACAUGGCCGGCCGCAGUGCAUUUAGUUGAGUGGAUGCUAGAUAACCAGGAGGUCUUCAAUCAGAGAGAUGUACUGGAGCUUGGUUGUGGUAUCGGGUUGGUUGGCUGUGCUCUGUCACAAUGGUGCGGUAGAGCUCAUGUCACCACCGCUGCUACUGCUGCUACUAGCUGUCACCCAACACCAUCAACAACUGCUCAAAUGACGUCAUCAGCUGCUCCAAUGACGUCACCAGCUGCCCCUAUGGCAUCAUCAGUUGCUCCGAUGACAUCAUCAGCCACACCAGUGACGUCAUGCCCAUCGCGCAUCACCCUGACCGAUCAUCACCCUGGUGUGUUGAGGCAACUGGCUGCUAACGUGGCACGCAACUUGGGCACCCAGGCUGAAUCAGUGGUGGCAUCAGCUACGUCAUCAAAGCCUCUCUCACCGGAAGCAGGAAAAAGCGGUAGUGGGCACUACGAUGACCACUGCUUCACUGCUGCUCCCUUGCAGCUGCGAGCACACUCAGACUCUGAUCAGAGCAGCGGUACGGACGGUGCUAGCGUGACUACGAUAGCUGAACUCAACUGGUGUGACAUUGAUGAAGAGGGCACCGCAUCACACCGGCUGAUGACCUCACUACAUCCAGACAUCAUCCUGGCAGCAGACGUCGUGUUCGACAAGGCCAUUGUACCUAGUCUUGUUGCCACUCUGCACACUCUGCUAACUCAUCAACAAGACAGGACGGAUCCACAUCAUCUUCCCACAACUGCAAUUGUAUCAUGUACGAUUCGUAACGAGGACACUUUCCAGUGCUUUCUGACCGCUAUCGACAAGCAUGGCCUGUGCUGGUGCUACAUCGACGUGUCGGAGAACAAGCGGCUGUGGUGUGAUAGGACCGUGCCAGUACGACUCGUACGCAUCACUGCAGCAACAGCAGGAACAACAACAGGAGCAGCAACAGCAACAACAGCAGCAACAGCCGGAACAACAACAGCAGCAUCUGCAGCAACAGCAGAAACAACAACAGCAGCAGCACCAUCAUCGCUACAACCGUAGAUUACCGGGCAGGCUCUUUGAUCGCUCAAUGAGGCAACCUAUGGACUGGAUGCCACGUGUAAGUCAGAUUGCAAUACUGAUAUGCACGGGUGCCAGGCGGGCAGUUGUGAAGCGUGAUAUCGGACACGGCCAUGUAGACAUGGCCACACCACGAACUCCCACCAUGGGCAUGUUCAAUACUGGUCAUGGGCUUUCGUGCAGAGCCGGAUUGAACUUUGCUCGGCGAAUACGAUUGAACUCAUCUCCAGUAGUACUGUGUGAUUGAGAUGUGUAGCUCCAUAGUGGAGUACGUAGACUGUUGGUCUGAUCGAGGAUGGAAAACAAUGCUGCCGCAGAGUGCUGAUCAGCGCAGCGGCGCAUGCGAUCAGACUGAUCUCCAGUAUGGCGUGGUUGAGAUGUUUAUGUCCUCAGUGGAGUGUGUGAACCGUUGGUCUGCACGAUGAUGAAUGAACAAUGCUGCCACGGAGUACUGACCAGCCCGGGGCGUAUUGGACAUCCCAACAAUGGACGGCCUGAGCAACGCUAGCCGUGUGUUGGUGUGUGCUGUCGACCUUCUCUGCAGAAAUGGGUCAGAAUGAGACUGGCAGCUGGCCUAUUCGCUGCUGUGUGUGUUGUGUGUGCUGUUGAACUUCUCUGCAGAGAUCGGUCGGAAUGAGAUUGGCAGCUGACCUAUUGCCUGUGGACGACAUGCUAGUAUGGAGGUGAUGAUGUGGCAGCAGUAUGUGAGGCGCUUUGUGUGGUUCAGCAUCACAAACACUGGCUUGCCACUCAAGAGUCGAGACAACAUGCAAUGAUGUCAUUUACAGCUACAACUACAUCAUUUGCAUCAUGAUAAUGUCAUUCAUGCAACUUUCACUGGCACACAGGCUGUGUAGCCAUGGUGCAUCUCACACCAUUAGGGUAGCUGCCGACAAAUCUUGCAGAACCAAAUUACUCUCUUGUGCAUCAUAUGAAAUUCUUGAAAGUUAUUUAUUUUAUUUAUUGCAAUCUGAACCCGUCAUGUCCAGAAUCGAACAGGUCAGCAGAAUAAAAACUUAGAGCUAUCAGA